GAUUAUGUGUCAAGCACCUACCCUGGGAACUCUCGAUUCAACCUCUUUUCGGUGACCUGCAACGACGUUGACGUUGCCAGCUGCAACAUUCUGGACCCCAAGUAUUUGCAGCGUUUUCAUGAGAUCAACGAGAAGAUUUUGAACAUCACCAUUGACGGCGACCAGAUUGUGAAGGACCUGGAUGAGUCGCACAAGCGUAGCGAGGGCGACUAUCGCCCUUGGACCCAGUAUGCGGGCGAUUGGACCUUCAAUGGGCAGCCGGAAAGUGUCAAUGGCAGUGUUGUCUUCAACGGGCGCAAGUGCUUUGCCUUCGGACCUUUCUGUGGGAGGCAGUCCAUUUUGGACGUGUUCCGAAGUGACGACUACAUCAUUGACAACUUGACCAGCACUGGUGUGAAGUUGGCCGUGAACGAGUGGGAAAGCCAGGAGAAUUUCUGCCCGCUCACCAUCGCGAGGGCAGAUUCCCCUUGCUUCAACACAAAUUGCCAGAAGUAUGACACCCAGAUGGAGCGCGAGACCUGCCGAAAUCUUGCGCGCAGCUACUGCUCAACGGAGUGCCCAACGAGAACCAUCAUGAGCAAUGGCCAGGAGGUGACCAUCCCCAUUUCCAUGGACAACUGCAAGGAUCGCGGCUGCAUCCAGCUCGGCGGUUUUGAGGCUGCAGCCACCAACACCUCGAACACCCAGCUGAACACGGACCCCAACGCUACGGGCGAGGCGCCGGAGAGUGCUUUCGAGUUUCAGCCAACGAAGAUCCUUGCUUCAUCUAGGAUCAGAACGAUGGUCGGCGGCCUCCAGCUGGAUGCCAACCAAAAGUUCACUGGUGGAAAGUACCUGUCCGGCUUCUUCGCGCUGAACAAGGCUGAGCUCUACUGCCCGACCGCCGGCGUCAACGAUCCCAUCGCUGACGAGUGGGAGAG